AUGUGGCCAUAUUUAAGCAAUGCAAACCCAAUUCAAACCCUAGCCCUAAAUGAUACUCUCCAGCCGGCAACCUCUAAGCACCGAUCGCCCUUUCCCUUACCCUACUUCAACUUGCAGCGCCGCCAGUGGGGACGUCGGGUGCAUCGGAGGAUCACCGUAGCUGCCGGAAACGAUGUCAAGGGUAGGUUGCUGACUCUCUCAGACGUCCUUCUCCCCCCUUUUCGUUUGGUUCACGUUAGGGUGGCUGCUUCAGCCUAUAACCGCCGCUGUAACGCUGGGAUUGCAGUGUUACCGUCAAACGCCACCACCUCUACCCCUUUUCUCUCCAUGAUGAUGGAUGUUGAUGUUGCUAUUAACAAAGACCGAGCAGGGACCAUCUUUGGCCGUUGUUGCUGUUGCUGCUCACCCGCCGAGACUGCUAACCCUAGUCGCCACCCUCGUUGA